AAAUUGCGAGAACUAAUCAAACCACAGAUUCACAGCAUCUCACUCUCCAGAAGCUAUCAUGGCUUCAUCCAAGACUGUUCUUUCUGCAAUUUUCACUGCUUCUCUGUGCUUCACUGUAGCUCUUGCUUUCCCUGCUCACCAUGAGGAUCUUCACCCAGUUGUGCAGAGCCCACCAAAGCCAGUUCUUUCUCCAGAUUACUAUAAGGCUACAUGCCCACAAGCUGAUGAGAUUGUGGUCUCUGUCCUAAAGAAGGCUAUUGCCAAGGAGCAGAGGAUUGCUGCUUCUCUUCUCAGGCUCCUGUUCCAUGACUGCUUUGUUCAGGGAUGCGACGCGUCGGUUUUGUUGGAUGACAGUGAAGAAUUCGUGAGCGAGAAAAAGGCUAUUCCUAACAAAAAUUCUAUUAGAGGAUUUGAAGUUAUAGACGAGAUCAAGGCUGCACUUGAAGAAGCUUGUCCACACACAGUCUCUUGUGCUGACACCAUUGCCCUAGCUGCGAGAGGUUCAACAGUUCUGAGCGGUGGCCCAUACUGGGAACUUCCACUAGGAAGGAAGGAUUCAAAGGCAGCAUAUAUGAAAUUAGCAAACAAGAACCUUCCUCCACCAAAUGCGACACUGCAUCGUCUUGUGAAAUUCUUUGAAAGGCAAGGACUGGAUAAGGUGGACCUUGUGGCACUGUCAGGAAGCCACACCAUUGGAAUGGCCAGAUGUGUGAGCUUCAAGCAGAGGCUCUACAACCAGCACAGAGACAACCAGCCUGACAAAACGCUAGAGAGAAUGUUCUACUCCACACUGGCCUCAACAUGCCCACGCAACGGCGGUGACAACAACUUACGCCCACUGGAGUUUGCUACCCCUUCGAAAUUCGACAACACCUAUUACAAGCUGCUGAUCGAGGGAAGAGGGCUCCUCAAUUCAGAUGAAGUUCUGUGGACAGGACGAGACCCGCAGAUCGCGGGUCUCGUCAGAAGCUAUGCAGAAAACGAACCGCUGUUCUUCGAGCACUACGUGAACUCGAUAACCAAGAUGGGGAACAUCAAUCCCCUCACUGGUUACGACGGAGAAAUCCGCAAGAACUGCCGUGUGGUUAACAAGAAGAUCUAGCAUAUGAAAGCGGGUUCGGUUUAAUUUGCAUCAAUAUAUUUCCUUUGCUUUUGGUCACCGUUGUAAUUUAGAGAUUGUUUUCCAGUUUGGAUGUCACCACGCAAGUGUGGUGGCAUGAGGUGUAAUUGCAGUCUGCAAGCCCUGUCUGCUUUUCUUUUUCAAAAUUAAUCCUGUUUCUUUUUUGUACUCAAUGUAAUUCCAGUCCUUUCGAUGAAUGUUAUCACAUCGUCUCUUAAAAGUCAAAAGUCACCAAUUUGUUUUGCCA